CGAUACUUUAAAAUCAUGAAAAACUUUCUCAAAAUAAUAACUUGAUAUCUCAAAACUAUGACUUGGUAUCUGAAAUAAGUCAUUAUUCUGUAACAGUAAGUCAUAAACCUAAGAAAGGUUUCUCAUUAAACUGACUUCAGUUAUUUUAUUUCAUCACACUGGACACACACAAUUACACCUGAGAUCCAUCUUGUUGCCAAAACCACCUGAAAAUAUCCCAAACUACUUUUAUUUAAAGUCUCAACAGUGACAUCUGGUGGUGAGAUUGUGUCACUGCACAGAAGGACACUCAACUUUACAGGGACAUUUUAUUUUUCUCAGUGUACAAGAUGGAUUUUGUGACAGUUAUUUGUGUUUUCAGUGAGUAACAAUACAGUUAUUCUCAAGUGAAAACUGAAAACUCCACCUUUAGGUUGUGUUCAGUCAGAUUUUACUUUACUCAGUUUAUUUUUAAACACAUUAAAUCUUUUCACAGUGAAGAUGAACUCGCCAUCGGGUUCCUGCAGUGUCCUACAGAAAGUUAUAUAAGUUUAUGGAGCUGUGUCUCUGCCCCGGGGCAUGCUGGGAGAAGCCUGGGGCUCAAGUCAACACAUGUAAAGAAUGAAAAGCCUUUUUACAAUAAGCCUUGAUUAAGUGUAAAUGGUCCCAACAUGGGUCUGCAGCAGCUCCUGGCUCUGGAUCUGCAUGUGAAUGGGAGGCAGCUAAUGCGUAAACACUCCUUAUCACAACAGCUUUAUGCAGAGGAGCUGCUGCUAAAUCUUUAUCUGCUCUGCUGCUGACAGUCCCGCUGCUUGUGAAGACGAGCUAAACGUUAGUUAGAGGACUUUAAGGCUCGCCAAGUGUUUAUGCGCUCUGGUGCAGGCCCGAGGAGAGGCUUACUGGAGGUUUCUGUGGGAAGGAGAGGGGAGCCAGACAGGCGACAGUCAGCGCUGCCUUGGCCUCGAGGCAGAGGCAGGGAGCGAGCAGGCGAGCCAAUGAGAAGGAGACAUCCACUCUGUCCUGCCCGGCUUGGCUCAGCUCGGCGCGCCCUGUAAUUAGGAGCUCUAGUUGGGUUGGGCGCCGCCACGGUGGACAGCCCGGCUGCUGCGUCAAGGGAGUUUGGGAACGCCAGCUCCAGACCGUGAGGAUAUCUGCACACUGCUGCUUCCACAGUCAGGAGCGGGGACCAGAAAUACAAAACUCUGAACAUGAACGGGCAGUCCUCACCUGUCUUCGAGGAGAAGAAGCCACCCCUCCCCAUGGCCGGGGGCUCCAUCUCGGCCACCAAGGAUUCCCCGACCCUGCCGGAGUCCUCGUCCACAGACAUGGGCUUCUACAGCGGCCAGAGCGCGCUCCACGGCUCCCAGGAUUUCUACCCGGCGCAGCAGCCGUACUCCGCCCAGCACAUGAACCCGUACGCGUACCACCACUACAACCUACACGGGAUGGGUCCCGGAGGAGGCUACCCUGUUGGCAAGGCAGAGUACCCGUACCCCCCCUCAGCGUACAGAGAGCACGGCGCGUUCAGCAGGGAGGCGCAGGCAGCGCUGCAGGACGGGGUGAAAGAGGAGCCAGACGUGGAGGUUCGGAUGGUCAACGGGAAGCCCAAGAAGGUGCGCAAGCCCCGGACCAUUUACUCCAGCUACCAGCUGGCAGUCCUGCAGAGGAGGUUCCAGUCGGCGCAGUACCUGGCGCUGCCGGAGCGGGCCGAGUUGGCCGCGCAGCUGGGACUCACACAGACACAGGUCAAAAUCUGGUUCCAGAACCGUCGCUCCAAGUUUAAGAAGCUCUACAAGAACGGAGAGUUUCCACUCGGGGAGAUUCCUCUGGAACACAGUCCAGACGCCAGCGACUCCAUGGCCUGCAACUCUCCUCCAUCCCCUGCUGUGUGGGACAACAAUAGCAGCAGCAACAACAACAACAACAACAACAACAACAGCAGCAGCAGCAGCAGCAUCAAGAGUAAUGCAGUGAUGGAUCCCACCAGCAGGGGGCAAGGUCCCUAUCAGCCGCCUGUGGAUUCCUCGCCCGCCUGCAUGGGAGAGUACACACACCAGGACUGGUACCAACAGCAGGGUGCACAUUUAGGUCUGCAACAGCCCGGCCCGACGCACCACACACCAUCAGCCGCACCGUCAGCCACACAGAGUCUGGGAGCCGUCUACUGACGCUGAACUCAGUUUGACUGGAGCCCUGCGCUUUAACACAGGGGGGAUUUCUUUUUUUGGAUGACUCGGAGCGCUGCUGUGACCUGGGAACACCUGACAGUGAUCAUCAGACACGAGUCAUGACUGUAAAACCAGACACACAUGUUGUUAAACAGGCUUUUCGAUAGUAAACGUGGAUUGAAAACAAGUGCUGGCCUCAGCUGCCCCGCUCUCCUCCGCUCUGAAGUUUAUGAUCUCAAAACGCGGAGGUUAAAACAGAGAUUAGGAUGAUCGAUGUGGCUUUUUUUCAGUGCUGAGACUGGUACAGAUUUUUUAUUUGAAAUCAGUGACAACACAUAAUAUUUUGUAUAUUUAAUAUUUUUAAAAUUACCAUAUUUAUGCCAUUUGUUUCAGUUUUGCAUUGAUUCAGUCCCUUAGUUUUUUUUCUUCUGGAAUCGGCCUCUGACAACACUUUCCCUUGAAAACUGAAUACUACUGAAACUUUCCAGCAAACUACAGUCCACCACACACCAGCACAGCAAACUUUUUUUUUGUUUUUUUUAAAUAGGAAACUGGACUGUUUGUUGUAGCUGUGAUUGGACACCGUGUUAAAAGGCUGAUAACCUUUUAAAAUAAAACUAUCAGGCAAACACAGAAGACAAACUGUAGAGACACUGAAAUGAUCUGUGAGAGAGUGUUUUAAUUUACGAACUCAAUUUAAACUAUUUUUGUUUCUUAUAAAACCCUCCUGCAGCAGAUUAAAGUAAAACUUUUCUUAUGAGGAUUUGCCUCUAGUGAUGUCACUCGAGGCAGUUGGGUCUAAAGACAAUACGUUUGUAAAUUAAAAUCUGGUGGUGAGGAGGUAGAAAGACGUGAGUUUAGUAGCUACGUCUGCAGCCUGCUCUUCAUCCCUGCUUGAGGCUACAUUAGCCGCCACUAGCUUAACACACCUAUAUCGCUAAGUGAACUGUUGGCAGUCAAGUUGCAUUGUGGGAAAUGUAGGCACCAGGUGUUUUUGGGGUUUUUUUGACAAGAAAGACCAGUGCAUGGAAUAAAAAAGAUGAUCUCUCUGGUUCUGCUGCAUUGAUUUGGAUUUCUUUAACUUUCAUCAGGGUUCUAUCUGGAACAGGAUAGGACCCGUUUAUUCCUAUGAAAGUUGCUCAGUGGCGUAUGAAGCCAAAAUGGUUUAACUGCAGCGUAUAUAAUAACCUGGAUGAUCCAGGGAUUUUUGGCACUACUUCCCCACUGUGUGGCCUACAGAGCAUGUUCACUGGGGACUUAGGACAGCCGAGCACGGCUGAGCACGACCAAAUGUCUAACUUCUGGUUUAGUGCUCCGCUAACUUGAGUCUUGUGGCUCUUCCAGACUUUCCAAAUGUUAUCCGACCCGGGAACUGCCCAUUGGUCCGGCAGCCCAUUGGUUCGACAGCCCAGUGUUCCGACCAUAUUAAACUCAUUGUUCCGAAGCCCGUUCCGAAAUCAUCAUGAUGCCCUGUGGUUAAGGUCUGGUUAGGUUUAUGCACAAAAACCACUUGGUUAGGGUCAGGAAAAGAUCAUGGUGUGGGUUAAAAUGAAAAAGAAAGUGAAAAUACAUAAGCUGUGAGCCUGCUCCGCCUCAAGCCUUUCCCAGCUGACCCAGAGCUGGUCGCAGCGCACCAUCAAGGUAGAAAUACGCCCCUUGGGAGCCGUUCAGCACCGCGGACAGUCGGACUAAUGGGCUGUCGGACCAAUGACAUGGUCCAUCCAACCCAGAGGAUCAAAUCCUGAUGGUGAAACGAAUCAUUUCAUAGGGGGUUGUGUUGCUAAAAAGUGUAUCCACAGAUUUACACAUGCCUCUUUUCCCAAUGUAAAAGACAUAAUGCUAUGAACUCCGGAAGUUCCACUGUUUGGCUACUAUGAAAACUGGCUUCAAAGCCUGAUGCAUGUCCUCGGGGCCGGACUACAUGCCUUUGCAACGGUACUUGAGUUUACUGAGCAUGGAUGUGGCAUACUUACUGCUUCCAACGUCCUAAGGUGUUCAGACACUUCAUCAAUGUUCAGCAAAGGUAUGUCUUCAGUCCAACCUGCGUCCUUACACUGAUAACACGAUAUGUACGAAUUGGGUGCAUUGCUUUUCAUAGAAAAACAUACAAAAUUUUUUUGGGAACAGCCAGAAUAAUACAUCAUAAUGCUGCGUCUUUUAUUAGACCCUCCUUGCUUGAUAAAAGCUCACAUUUCUUAGACUCCUUGUGUUCUUUUCAAUGCAGACUUUCUGUUUUCAUUUUGAAAUCUUCAAGCCUAAACCAAGAUAACCCUGGUGACAUCGCUAUGACAUCAUCAGGGCCACAGAAGACAUUUUACACCUGUUCUCACGAGCUGAGUUGUACUCAUCUCCUUCAUGAUCAGUAAAAUGAUCCCCAUGGGUAAAAACUGUUUGAACUCCUCUUAAAAACUAUCAAGAGUAAAAACGAUAGUGAGUUGGUGCUAAAACGUUUGAAAAAUAAAGUUGUAAAUAUUCUAUUCACACGAGCUGU